GUCAACGACCAUGGUCCGGAGUUCGAGCAGAAAUUCUACACCGUCCAAAUACCCGGAUCUCCCAAGGCCGAAAAGCCACUGUUCCAGGUUCGGUCAAAAUUCAUAAUUUUAUUAGACGCCUAUCGGUACUGGCAAACGACAAAGACAUCGGAGUCAACGGCGAGAUCCAGUACAGCAUCAAGGGGGGCAGGGGUAAGGGGAAGUUCAAGAUCCACCCAACAACUGGAAUGGUAUACUCGCAGCGCGGUUUCGAGGCUGGCCAGGAAUAUGAGCUCAUGAUCCGGGCCGUUGACGGCGGGGAACCUCAACGCAGCCACCAGACCAGGGUGUCUGUUCAGGUGAUCGAGGCACCGAAGGACUCGGCGGAACCGCCGAUAUUCAAAACGGCCAACCAGAGCGUGGAAGUGACGGAGAGCGACGAAGUGGGAUUUCUCGUCGCCCUUGUUCAGGCCACGGACAAAGACGGAGACGCCCUGUGGUACGACAUUGUUGACGGGGACAAGCGGGACGAGUUUUUCAUCGGUCGGGACAACGGGAACGUUCUGCUGGCCAAGCGGCUGGACUGGGAAGCCCGGAAUCUCUACAAUUUGACAGUGAGCGUGAGCGACGGGGUGAACAUGGUGUACACCCAGUUGUUCGUCACUGUUAUCGACAUAAACGAUCACCGGCCGAUAUUCACCGAGAGCACAUACCGCAUUGACAUAUCUGAGAACGUGCCGAGAGGAGAGAAGAUCCUGCAGCUACACGCCACCGACGAGGACGAGGACAAGAAGGUCUUCUACAGUCUUCACGCGGCCCAGAAUCAGGACUCCCUCGAGAUAUUCCACGUCGACUCCGUGUCCGGAAUAAUGACUCUGAACGAGGCGCUCGACCGGGAGACCACCGAGGAACACGUGCUCACCGUGAUGGUCAAAGACCAGGGCACACCGGCGAAGCGAAACUACGCGAGGGUCAUCGUCACUGUUCACGAUCACAACGAUCACGCCCCGGAGUUUACGAGCGAGAUCAUCCAGGGUAAGAUAUACGAGACUUCGCCGGUGGGAUCCGCGGUGGUCGAGGUCGUCGCGAUAGAUCAGGACCGCGGGGAUAACGCGAAAAUCACCUACUCGAUAACCUCCGGCAACGUCGGGAACGUAUUCACCAUAAAUCCGGACCUUGGGCUGGUGACCGUGGCCCGGGAGCUCGACCUCGGUGUCACUUCGGAGUACAUCCUGCUCGUCAAGGCGACCGACCACGGCUCACCGGCUCUGACGAACACGGUCCCGGUACACGUGAUGGUCACCAUGGCCGACAACGCGCCGCCGAGGUUCAUACAGCGAGAGUUGGCUGCGGAGAUAUACGAAAACCAACAGCCAGGGACCUAUGUGAGGCACGUCGAGGCCCGGAGCACAUCCUCGCUGCAGUUCGAGAUCAGGAGGGGCAACGAAGACGACACCUUCUUCGUGAACCCGAGCACGGGCGUGAUAACGACGAAAAAUCAGCUGGACUACGAGAAGCGGAAGUUCUACAACCUAACGAUAGCCGCGACGAACAUGGCAGCGGCUGUCGCGACCUGCAACGUGGUCGUUCACGUUCUCGACAAGAACGACAACGCGCCGAGAUUCCUGCAGGCCGCUUACAGUGGGGAAAUCAGCGAGGGGGCCUCGAUCGGUUCCCUGGUCUUGACCAACGGCAGCUCGCCGCUGGUAAUAAAAGCCAAAGACGCCGAUUCGGAGCUCAACGCUCUGCUUAACUACGACAUAGUCGAGGACCUACCCAGGAAGUACUUCCGCAUCGACUCGAGCACCGGCGCCAUCCGCACAAUAAUGAUCCUCGAUCACGAGACCGUACCGGAGUUCGCCUUCCACGUGAAAGUUUCCGAUCUCGGAAAGCCGCGGCUCUCCUCGGAGACCAUUGCAGCGGUCAAGAUUCACGUUACCGACGUCAACGACUCACCCCCAAAGUUCACCAGGAACGAUUACAACGUAACGCUUCUACUGCCGACUUACAAAAACGUCGCCGUGCUCAGAGUGAACGCCAGCGACCCGGACAGCUCCGAAAGUGCGAAUCUCAGGUACGACAUAAUCGACGGAAACAAGGGGCACGUCUUUGCGAUUGAUCAGUACGCCGGGAUCAUCACGGUCGAUAAGCCUGACCAGCUCAGGCCGAACUACUUGUUGCACAUCCGAGUGUCGGAUGGGAAGUACUCGAGCAUCACGCAGGCCAACGUCGUCGUCGAGAAGUCGGAGAAUUCCGGCCUUGUGUUCCAGAAGAGCAUAUAUGAGGGCACCAUUCUCGAAAACUCUACUAAGGUCACCACCGUCGCCGUCGUCAACGUCCUGGGAAGCGCCCUCAAUGAGCACGUCGUCUUCACCAUACUCAAUCCGACCGAGAUGUUCGAAAUCGGCUCAACUUCCGGCGCCAUCAGGACCACGGGGCUUAGAUUCGACCGCGAAGUUUGCGACAAUUACGAGCUAAUCAUCGAGGCCAUGAGCCGUAUGCCCGACAGAGAAAAACCGAGGGUCGCUCACGUCAUUGUGAACGUCACUAUUUUGGACAUGAACGACAAUUGCCCCAUGUUCGUUAAUCUGCCGUACUACGCCGUCGUUUCCGUCGAUGCCCAAAAGGGCGACGCCAUCACGAAGGUUCACGCGAUUGAUAUGGACAGCGGUGAAAAUGGAGAAGUGCGUUACGAGCUGAAGAAAGGUCAUGGAGAAUUGUUCAAAGUUUGCAGAAGGACGGGUGAAAUAUCGUUGAAACAGAAUCUGGAAGGACACAACCGGGAGUAUCAGUUGAUGAUUGCCGCCUACGACGGAGGGAUAACGCCAUGUUCGAUAGAAGUGCCCGUCAACGUGAAAGUGAUCGAUCGAUCGAUGCCGGUAUUUGAUAAACAGUUUUAUACCGACAGCGUUCUUGAAAGCAUAGAAGUUCAUUCCCCGUUAGCGCUCUCGAUCCAGGCCGAGUCACCUUUGAGUCGAAAGCUUAUAUAUAGCAUCGUUAAAGGCAACGACUAUGAAGAGUUUGCCUUGGAUUUCAACACUGCCCCCGACAGUAACAAUGGUCCUUGUGUCAUUUAUGUGGUGGAUGAACUGGAUUACGAGCAAAAAAAACAGUACGAGCUGACGGUACGAGCAACGGACAGCGUUUCCGGUGUCUUUGCCGAAGUGCUGGUUAGCAUCCUGGUAUUGGAUGUCAACGACUGCCCUCCAGAAUUUACCCAGGACUCUUACAACAUAUCAGUAUCCGAGGCAGCGCCAUUUGGAACAUCAAUCUUGCGAGUUUAUUCGCGGGAUAAUGACACAGGUAUAAACCAGAAGGUUCGAUACGCGAUACAAAAUGACACGGAAAACAGCAGGGAGUAUUUUCACAUGGACCCGGAGGAGGGAGUAAUCUACUUGAAGAGGUCGCUGGACCACGAAAGGCAUAGCUCCCAUCACUUUACCGUUCUGUCGACGGACAGGGGAGUUCCAAGCCUGUCGAGCACAGCUCACGUCUGGGUGACUGUCGUUGAUAUGAACGACAAUCCGCCGGUGUUCGAGCAAAUAUCGUACACAUCUUCCCUGUCCGAGCAUGCAGAACGCGGCCAGUUUGUCACCGUCGUGUCGGCAGGUGAUCAGGAUUACGUAGACGAGUCGCGUUUGACUUAUACGAUAGUAGGUGGCAAUGAUCAACAGACUUACACGAUCGAUCCAAACACAGGAAUCAUUUCUCUGAUCAACAUGCAGAACUUUGGGGACCAAAAAAUGACCAUGCUCAAUGUCUCCGUGAGCGACGGAGUUUACACCAGCUUCGCUAGAGUGAAAAUUGAGAUACUACCCGCCAACCGACACAACCCGAAGUUCCCCAAUCCUCAGAUCGAAGUCACUGUGCUGGAAAAUCAACUCGCUGGCAGGCUGGUAACCAAUGUGAUCGCGGAUGAUGAGGAUUUCGGAGACUACGGAAUCGUCACAUACUCGAUUCCCUCUGAAAUGAUGAAGGGAACGUUCGACAUCAACAAAUUGACCGGGGAAAUCGUUACCAAGAAGAAACUCGACCGGGAGCAUCAGAAACUGUACGAACUUCCAGUCAUGGCUACCGACGGUGGUGGAAAGUCGGGAUUUAUCAUGAUCAGGGUCAGAGUCGGGGACGAAAAUGAUAACUCGCCGGUAUUUCUUCUCAAAGAGUACAAAGCCACUAUUCACAGCAAUCUCUCGAUAAAUACAGUUUUCCUGAAGGUCAAGGCUCUCGAUGCAGACGAAGACGAUGCCGCAAGGAUCGAGUAUUCCAUAUACGAAAAGCAGAACUCUGACGCUAUGGAUCUAUUCGGUAUCAAGGCUGACACCGGCGCGUUGUUCCUGAAGAAAAGUGCUCUCCCGUGGGGAAACCAACUGUUCCAAAUGUUCAUCAGGGCUGAAGACAGAGGAGUAAUCUCCCACCAUGCCGACGUUCCUCUAUACGUUUACAUAAUGGGUGCACAGGACGUUCCGCCUCUCUUCGAACGGAAGGAGGAUAAAUUCUUCAUCUCGGAGGCAUCGCCUGUUGGAACGCCUAUCACUCGAUUGAGGACCGUUACCAACAGCUCAGUCACAUACAGAAUAAUAUCUGGCCCCGAGAGCGCCUCGCCGUUUAUAGUAGACCCGAAUGGUCAAAUAACGCUGGCGAAUCCGUUGGAUCGUGAAAUCAAGGACAAUUAUUUAAUCGGAGUCUUGGCCGAAACCGAUUCGAGCCCACCCCUAACGGCACUGGCCGAGAUAUCGCUUCAAGUACUGGACGAGAACGACCACGCUCCGAUGUUUGAAAGCAAUCCGUACACCCUAAGUCUUGCCGAAAAUAUUGACGAGGGUACACUGAUCUUGAAAGUAAUUGCUCACGAUAAUGAUCUGGGCAGCAACGGCGAGGUCCGGUAUUCCUUUGGAUCCGACAUCGGGGAACUGGCGAACGUGUUCACCGUUGACGCUUACACAGGGUGGAUUUCAACGCUGAUUCAACUGGACAAGGAGAAACAGUCCGAGUACAAGUUCCAGGUCGUCGCAACUGACAAUGGAAACCCGAGACAUUUCGCGAGGACGUCAGUCAACAUAAAACUGAAGGACUACAACGACAAUCCGUCUAUGUUCGUUGAUGAUAAUUACGACGCGGUCGUGAAAGAAGACGCUUUGCCCGGUACCGUUGUCGUCAAACUCCUCACCACCGAUCGGGACAAGGAUCUGAAAACUCCGGUCGAGUUCUACAUAACAUCGGGUGAUCCCAGAUCACAGUUCCAGAUCAGAUCUACGGGCGAAGUUUACGUCGCGAAGAAUUUGGACAGGGAAAUGAUUGGUGAAUACGAGCUUGACGUGAUUGGAACUGACGGUAAAUAUGUUUGCAAAACGGAAGUGAGAGUUGAAAUUAUCGACGUUAACGACAACCCUCCCUAUUGUCUGCGCUACCGAUACAGAGAGAUUUUAUCCGAAGGAUCCCAUCCUGGAACAUAUGUACUCACAGUAUUGGCCACUGAUUAUGAUGACGAGCCGAAUGCUAAGCUGAGGUUUUACCUGACCGGUGAAAACAAUGAAAAAUUCUCACUUGACAAAGAGAACGGGGUACUCAAAACGGUUGGCCAAUUGGACAGAGAAACACAGGCAAAAUACUCGCUCACCGCUCACGUUCAGGACAGGGAUAAGCCUGCGUGGGAAUGCUCAUCGCAGCUGGAAAUUCUGGUAUCCGAUUUGAACGACAACGCUCCCAAGUUCACAAUGCAAUCCUACAGCGCUACCCUUCCUGAGGACGUGGAAGUCGGCACGCUGGUCACCAAGGUUCACGCAACAGACGAUGACAUCGGUAUAAACCGAAAAGUGAAAUAUGAGUUUAUCGAUUCUGCCGAAGGACACUUUCUGAUCGCUGCAGACAGCGGCAUCGUGACUCUGGCCAAGCCACUGGAUAGGGAAACCAAGGCAAUGUACAACGUCAGCAUCCAAGCAGUCGACCAGGGAACACCCCAACUCUUCAGCGUUGCCACUCUGAUAGUUAACGUUCAAGACAUCAACGACAACCCACCAGAGUUUGCCUCCAAGUUUUACUUUGCGCGUGUUCCCGAAGUCGAUGCCGUUGGCACUGAAGUAGCAAGAGUUCUCGCCACGUCGAAAGACACCGGAGUCAAUGCCGAUGUUUACUAUUCCAUAGUAGGUGGCAAUGAACACAAAAAGUUCCAAAUUGAUACCCAAACUGGUGUCAUCACGAUUGCCGAACAACUGGAUUACGAACGAGCUAGAGAUUAUUUCCUGACUAUUCAAGCAAUCGACGGCGGCGUUCCACCCCUGAGCAAUCAUGCCACUGUCAAUAUUACCGUUACUGACAGCAACGACAACGCCCCAGCCUUCAGUCAAGUUUCGUACAGCGCUCGAAUCAGGGAAGAUGCUAAAAUUGGCGACAAAAUAUUACAGAUAUAUGCAAAUGACUUGGACAGUGGUGAGAAUGGAAACGUGUCGUACUCAAUUCAACGGGGAGAUAGACAAAAACAGUUUGCUAUCGAUGAGAAAUCUGGGUAUAUAUCUGUCGCAGCUCUACUGGAUCGAGAAAUGAUAUCCAAUUACGUGUUGGAGGUCCAUGCGAAAGAUAAUGGGAUUCCAAUGCUGAUGAGUUUCGUGAUGGUCAACAUUGAGAUUUCCGAUGCAAAUGACAAUCCCCCAUUGUUUGCUCAAUCGAAUUACACCGCUGUAGUACAAGAGGAUAAACAACUUGGUCACAUUAUACUAAAGUUUAUCGUAACGGAUGCAGAUACAUCACCCAAUGCUGAACCCUACACGUUUGACUUCAAAUCUGGAAACGAAGGGGACUCGUUCCGUUUAGAGCAAGACGGAACUUUGAGGACGGCAACAAAAUUCAAUAACAGAGUAAAAGACAAGUACCUCUUACUUGUCAGAGUCUUCGACAAUGGAAGUCCCCCGUUGUAUUCCGAUGCCUGGGUGGUGAUCAAAGUUAUCGAAGAAUCACAAUAUCCGCCAGUCAUCACGCCUCUUAUAGUCACUGUCAAUUCUUACAUAGAUGAGUAUCCAGGUGGAACAAUUGGCAGGAUUCACGCGACGGAUCAAGACCCAUAUGACACACUGGCCUUUAGUCUAAUACCUUCAUCCCCGAACCCCACCGCCGACUUGUUCCAAAUUGAUAGCGUCGACGGUACCUUAGUAGCGCUUCCUAGGUUGGACGUUGGCGAAUACAAAGUUAAUGUUAGCGUAACGGACGGCAAAUUCCACUCGUAUUCAAUAGUGAAUGUCAACGUAGAGCUGGUCUCAGAAAAAAUGUUGGAAAACUCGGUGAUAGUGAGAUUCCGAGAAGUCAGCCCCGAAGAUUUUAUACUCAGCCAUCGUAAAGGGUUCGUCAGAACUGUGCGUAACGCAAUGAACUGCAGACUCAAAGAAGUGAUAAUAAUAAGCGUACAGCCAUCUACCGAUGAAGCGAAUGUUAUCAAAUCUCGAGCAACCCGCCAGGCUGUUCAUAACGAUCUUGACGUUUUAUUUGCUGUCCGAAAAGCCCAAACUAUGCUCGGAGCUGUGAGUUUUUACUCGUCGGAAAGCAUUCGCGAAGCUCUUAAUCAACGUAUUGAGGAACUGGAAGAAUCUACAAAGCUUGUGGUUGAGGAGAUCGUGAGGUACAAAUGCAACAAGGGCUACUGCGUUUAUGGAGAGUGUUACGACAAAAUAAACCUGGACCCCAAUCAGCUCUUGCCCAUCGCUACCGAUGUAACUAGUUUCGUAUCGCCACGUCAUAAGCACAAGAUGGAAUGCAGCUGCAGGGAAGGAUACGCCGGAAGUCACUGCGAAGUUGUGGUGAACGAGUGUGCGAGAGAUCCAUGCCCGAAUUUCAAAGUAUGCGUACCAGAUUCCUCUCUUCAAGGAUACUCCUGCCAAUGCCCCGAGGGAUUCGCUGGCCAGACAUGUGACAUUGACAUAUCAAAGUGUCACGACGAGUCCUGCUACAUCCCUCGAAACCCAAUUUCAUUCAGUGGGAAGAGUUACGCUCGUUACAAAAUAGACAAGUCAUUGACGAAACAUACAAUCGAAGAAAGACUGAGUCUCUCCCUGAGGAUAAGAACUGUGCAACCGACUGGAAAUCUCAUGUACGCGGCUGGGAAAAUAGACUAUAAUAUUUUGGAGGUGGUCAAUGGGGUUGUGCAGUAUAGAUUUGACCUAGGCAGCGGGGAGGGUUUGGUCAGGGUGAGCAGUGUCUAUGUGAGUGACGGGCAGUGGCACGAUAUUCAGCUUGAAAGAGAAAACAACAACGCGCGGGUUACCGUCGAUGGAAAGCAUGUAGCCCAUGGUGCAGCCCCAGGAAUUAAUGAUAUACUCAAUCUUCAGUCCGACGAUUUAUACCUGGGUGCCGAAGUGAGACAGCAUCCGUCAAUACUGGGCUUCGAGGACGUGCAAAGAGGAUUUUACGGGUGCAUGGACGACGUAAGAAUCGGAAGAGUAUCCGUCCCUCUGCACAUGAGCGGCGCCAGCAGCGUAGCGGUAUUGAAACGGUUUGCAAACGUGGAGUUCAGCUGUGAUCCUGCAACGACAUUGGUGCCAUUAGGAGUCUGCGGUUCGCAACCAUGCCAAAAUGGCGGAACAUGCAAGGAAUUGGGAGGCGAUCACUACGAGUGUCAGUGCCAUGGGAGAUUUGUGGGCUUAGUCUGUGACGUCGACACAGACCCAUGUGCGUCGUCUCCAUGUCUUUAUGGCGGUCGGUGUAAAAUUGUUGCCGGAGGUGGAGAUUUCAAGUGCGAUUGCACUGGCGCAAACCUCAGUGGAAAAAGGUGCGAAUACGGCAAGUAUUGCAAUCCAAAUCCGUGUGUACACAGGGGUGUUUGCGAAGAAGGGAACAACGGCCCAAUCUGCAAGUGCCACGGAUUUACGGGAGAACGGUGCGAAACGGAUAUAAACGAGUGCGAUACGAGGCCUUGCACCAACGGGGGUACUUGCAUAAACGAAGUAGGGUCGUACAGGUGCGUUUGUCCUCCGAACAUGACUGGUCUGAACUGUGGAAAUCCGGCUUACUCGACGCCGAUUAUAUCAAGUCACUUUAACAUCACUUGGGAACAAUUGAUAUGGAUCAGUAUUGGUAUCCUCGUUGUUUUGUUCUUAUUGAUUAUCGUUAUUUUCACUUAUCGGAGAAUACGAGUGAAGCGCACAAGAGCAAGAGCCAACAAUAUAAACAACGAGACUCGAAAGCAAAUUGUCCUGAAUUCAGCAAGACCGCACGAACACGAAUUCAAGCGUAGUUCAAAGCUGAGUAACUUGGAAGUGAUACAGAGAGAACCUCCCCAAUGUCCUCCUCGUCCCGCUUCCUACACACCUAGUUCUAACAAUGAGCCGGCUCCCUAUAGCAAUUCCGCUGCUGUAGCCCUGAAUAAUUUGGACACCCUGAGAAGCUAUGGCAGUGCAGGCGACGAACUGGAGAACUUUCCACCCGAUUACCUCAGAAACCUCAAUCGAAGCACUCCGCUACCUCCUCCCUCCCUAUCAAACCCUGUCGGCGGAAAUGCCACCGGCAGCGACACGGACAGUUUGCACAAGCCGACAUGGCAGGAACAGAUGCAUUUAGCAUCCUUCAUUACCGAUGCAACAAAAAUCAAGAACGACCUGAAACGAGCGAGCCCAGUGGUACCAGAGCUGACCGCUGGAGGACUUCUACUAAACACCCGACGGGGGCCUCACGCAGAAGGGACGUCUAUAGCUUCCCUUUCCUCCAUUGAGGACGAUCCCCGUAUAGUAGGUGGGUAUCACUGGGACUGUUCAGACUGGGUCAGGCCAAGUCAGAACCCCUUACCUAACAUCACGGAGGUUCCUGGCAGCGAAGUUCCAGACUCAUCGAGCUUCCACAGCAAUGAGAGCAACGAGUCCAACACUCAUCAGCUACCACCAAUGCAUGGUCCAGUAGAUCCGUCAAGAGAUAUUGAAACCUUGGAUGAAGAUCAAGAAUCAGAGUACGUAGGAGAUUCUGAAUGUGGAACAGAGUUUUCCGAACACAACUAUUGCCCAGAAAGCCAGCGUUUGAACCCACUUGAUAGCGGAGGCGAGGGAGAGUACAAGUACAAAGAUACCGAGAGCUAUAUUCGCCAUCCAAAUUCAUAUCUACCACACUAUAACAUUCAUACAGAUACAGAGAACGAGACGAAUCCGCUCAAUGGACGCCUUAGUACUCUAGAGUCUGAUGAAGAAGACGAUGUAGUGCCUUAUGGUUUUCCAAGCAGCCGACGGAACCGAUGCCUCAAAGGAGACGAUGUUGACGAAAUAGGAUCGGUGAUCACUACUCUAGAAGAAAGAAAUUCGCUGUUGGGCGGUGGAACCAGCAACAGCGAUCUAUCUACUAAUCUGUGCGAGAUCGAUGAUUCUGAAUAUGAGAUCACAGAUCAAAAGAACAGUAGUCGCGUGUGGUUACCAGGCAAUGGCAUCACGCAAACCUCGGUGUGACAAACAAUUAUGAUUAUCUUCAUACCCACUGACAAUGGACUAAACGUGAUCGUGUUUGUGUUCGUCGCAGGAACAGUUGUUGUUCUUAAUCGCGAUAUUUUGUACAUAUUAUCAAUAACAGAUAGAUAGAUAUGCAGUCGCUAUGCAGGCAGCUGUAUUGAAAUACCAACGUAUAAAUACAACAUAGAUAGUAUAAUUAUAGAAAUACGAAUGAUGGUGCGUGAUGCAAUAGCGGCGCACACCAUUCACACAGAUUAUGUCAUGGUUAUUAGUAGAUAGCAAGGGUUAUACUCAUACUGGACUUUUGAAUAUUUAGGUUUUAUGACCUAAUUUGCAGCCUAUUAAACACACUACAAAUACGACUCGAGUGGCAGCGAUUGAUAAUUGAGUUCAUUACUAUUUUACAUGCGCUAUCGGUCGACAGUUGAAUGCACACACACACAACUGACGCUACAACCAAGCUCUCCUCGGUAAUGUAUUCGGUAUAGUCAUAUAUUUAACGGAGAGGAUAAAAUUGUGAAAGAACCAUGAAAUCUUCGUAAAAAAGACCUAUUCAUAUUCUUACGUGAAAGAAAGACAAAUUUAAAUUCACUGCAUCCAUCAUGAUCACGUUGAUAGACCAAUUACUAUAAUUUAAUGAUGAGAUAUUAUUAUUAAUUUAAGUCAAGUGUUUUCCACGCAUUUUUUCGCUGUACACGAUGCAUUUCGACAAUGCAGAGGGAUUAUAAAAUACCUACAUAUAACAUAUUAUUAUAUAUAACAUAUAAAUAAAUAUACAUAUCGAUUCGUUCGCGUAUUUUUAUUAACUGAUUACCAUAAUGUUAUUUUGAUAAAUUGUAAAUGAACUGAUGGACUACUUAAUAAUAUUGUAUAAUGAACUACCAUGAAUUUACUGUAUGAUACUGUACUGUAUACUAUAGGUAUAGUAAGGGAAUAAUGAAUUUGAAAAAUGCUAGUGGCAGUGAGCUGCUCCGCAAGCAGUGAGCAUGUGCGAAUGAGAGCGCGUGAAUGUAUGUGUGGCUAAGAUGUGUUGAAUGCACAAAGUAUAUACAUAGUUGAAAAAAGAUAUAAAAUAUUUUUACUGUGAUGAUAAUAAUGUUUGUACGAUGAUUAAAAAGAAGAAAGAAAAUAUGAAGAAAAAACAUACUGCAAUGACUUGUAAUAUAAUAACCGAAAUGUUAAACCAUCAAAUGAACCAAUGUUUUAUAACUUGAAAAAAACAAAAAAAAAAAAAAAAAAACAACAACUAGAACUAUACUACCUGGGGAAUGUUCCUCGCCUACAACUAAUGUCUAUUAAUUAA